AUGAAAAGCUAUUUGGAUCUUAAGAUCCUGGACCAAACAAGUGUUGAAGACGAUUUGAAAAUGGAAAAGAAGGUGGAGAAAGGAACAACUCGACAACGACCACUUUUCGAAGGGCAUGGAAUUGCCUGCACCAAUUUCUUCCUUGAAAUCGCCUGCCAACAUUUUGUGCCCGUAUGCACCCUAUCCGAUCAGUCUCCCGUUCAUAGUAAAAACCUGGAAUUUUCUGAUUGGAGCCCAUUUCCAAAGGAUAAACCUCGUUUCAAGGGUCGUCCAAACUAUGAAAUUUAUAAAAUCUAUCAAAGACUACAUGGAGUUCUCAUCCAUUUGCAAAGUAAUUCACACUCUAUCAAUGAUUUAAAUAUGGAGAGAUUAUUCAAGGAUUUCACGAAAGGCGACUUUGGAUUUUGGCGCAUUUUUGACGGCAAUUGGCGCAAAUUCCCGGGCUACUAUUUGCACAUGACGUCGAAAAAGCAUGAGGAAAACGAGCUGGAAAAAGAUGGAAACGCACCCGUGGCCCUACCGCUUGACAUCAAUUCGGACGAUCUACUAUAUAUAAAUUUC